AUGUUUACAUCGGCAAACCACGCCAAAUCUAUCCUGGUAUCAAGCCAUUAUAUCUGUCAGUUCACUGUAGUAAAAAAUGAAAUCUUUAUUGGUUAUGAGGAUAAGAAGCCCAACAGACUGGGAAUUCUGUCCCCACCUGCAAAAGAAACAUUAGAAUGCAAGAAGAAUGAAACUUCUGGAUGUCAGCCGUGUGUCGCGGAAAAGACGUGCCAAGCAAGCCCCGAGGACACAGUAUCUUCUUGUAAAACGGAGUGCAAAGUCACUUGCGUUUGCUUGAACACUCACGUUAGAGGUCCUGAGGGCAACUGUAUUCUUCGAGCGGAGUGUCCAAAGCAAUGA